AAUAUCUGUAAUCUGUUGAGUUGUUUACUUUACAACUAGCAUAUAGCCACUGCAUUCAAAACUAAUUCUAACACAGUUACAACAAUGAAUGCUUUUUAAAAGAGUACAAUUAUUACCUAAUUUUUUUUAAAUUAAUUUAAUUAGAUUUUUCCAUUAUGGCUUCUUCUGGUUUUGGUCUUCGUGAAAUAAUUAAAAUACCAUCAGUUUUUAAUGAAAAUAGCACUAAUAAUACAUCAUUUACUGAGCAUGCCGUUUGGUGUAUUGAUUGGCGGCCGUCACAACAUUGGAUGUUUCAGAUUGCUAAUGUUUUAUUCUUUUUGUCAUAUUCAGUGCCAACUAGCUAUUAUGGUAUAUUGUUUAUGCAUUCAACUUUAAUUGCAGGUUUUCUUAUACUCAUUACUUGGGCUUGGAGAAUAGUAUGUGCGCCUGAUUUGUUCACUUGGAAUUUAUGUUUUCUUUUCAUUAAUAUUCUACAGCUAAUUUAUCUUAUUUAUCAAAGAAGACCGAUUAAUUUUAAUCCAGAACUUGAACAAAUUUAUCGUAGUAUGUUUAAGCCUUUCAAGAUUACUAGAAUUCAGUUCAAGAAAUUGGUGAGUGAACAAUUUGCUCAGAUUGUUACAUUGCACAUAGGUGAGGCUUAUGCUAUGCAAAAUAUCACAAAAACUGAUCGACUUGGACUACUUAUGUCCGGAAAAGCAAAUGUUCUCCAAGAUCAUCAACUUUUACAUCCUAUAGGACCAUGUGAGUUUUUGGAUUCUCCUGAAUUUGAAAGUAGAGGCUCUUCUGAAGACAAAUUUAAGGUUUCUGUAAUUGCUGCGACAACAUGUCGAUAUAUAUUCUGGCAAAGAUCCGCAUUGGAAUAUUUGUUUGUUAAAGAAACAUAUUUAGCCACUGUAUUAGCUACUUUGAUUGCGAAAGAUAUAACUAUUAAACUUUAUUCUAUGAAUAAUAAAAUUAUGACAGAUAAAGGAUCACACUUAGAUAUCAGAUUACCAAGUAUUACUCCAGCUUUAGCAUCAAAAGAAUGUAAGCCACCAAUUGUGAAAACAUUAAAAAAACUGGCGGUGAUUUCAUCGCAUUGUCCUAAAUCACCUAUACCAGCUGUGAAAAUUACCAAGUGCGACACGUUGAUUAUGGAUAAAUGCCAGACGACCAAUGGAAAAUUCAAUCGAAUGAACUUGGCCAAUGAAAUGGGUAACACGGGAGUGGAAAAUUGGCUUGAAAAAACUUCAAAAUAUCAUAGUUUGGAAAUGGCAGAUGACGAAUAAAUUUACAAUUCUAUUACUGGUUUUUAUUUUACAAUUUAUUUAUUGUUAACUUAACAAAUAUUUGUUUUAAAAAUAAAUUUAUAUUAUUUUUAA